CCAACACUGCGGACGGCGGACGUUAAAAAAAACAGAACCAGCAAGCGAGUCGGACGCGAAAUUGAAGCGACUAGCGAGAAAGUUUCCUGUUGAAUCUGUAAAUUAUUAAGUGAACCAAAACCAAAAGCCUGCACAAAUCAUAUUUCUCGCCUUUCCAUCACAAAUGUUUUCGGCCAGCGAAUUUGCUUGUUAAGGUUAAUGCUGCAUAUAUGACAGGCCCACACGACAUCGACAGCGACUGAGACAAGAUGAGCCGCCAACACCAGCGGCACCACCAUCACCUGCCGCCGCAGCAGCAACAGCAGCAGCAGCAGCAUGUGCCGCAGCAGCAGCAACAGCUUACGGCGCAGCAACAACUCCUGAUGGCGGAGCAUGCAGCGGCCGCAGAGGCCGCGGAGCUGUUCGAUCUGCUGUGCGUGGCCACUACAAUGCGCCAGAUCCUGGCCCUGCAUCGUUCAAUGUGCGAGGCAGUGGGAUUGCGGCCGUCGCCCCUUAAUGAUUUCUAUCCCCGGCUGAAGGCCAAGGUGCGCUCGUGGAAGGCUCAGGCGCUGUGGAAGAAGUUCGAUGCCCGCGCCGCCCAUCGGGUGUAUGGAAAGGGAGCCGCCUGCUCUGGUACUCGGGUCCUGGUCAUUGGAGCCGGGCCCUGUGGCCUACGCACUGCCAUCGAAGCGCAGCUGCUGGGCGCCAAGGUGGUGGUGCUGGAGAAGCGCGACCGGAUUACCCGCAACAAUGUGCUGCACUUGUGGCCCUUCGUCAUCACCGAUCUGCGCAACCUGGGUGCCAAGAAGUUCUACGGCAAAUUCUGCGCCGGCUCCAUCGACCACAUCUCCAUCCGGCAGCUGCAGUGCAUGCUGCUCAAGGUGGCCCUUUUGCUGGGCGUGGAGAUCCAUGAGGGCGUCAGCUUCGAGCAUGCCCUGGAGCCGUCCGGCGACAGUGGCGAUGGCUGGCGGGCAGUGGUUACACCCUCGGACCAUGCCGUCUCGCACUACGAGUUCGAUGUCCUGAUCGGGGCGGAUGGUAAGCGAAAUAUGCUGGACUUUAGGCGGAAGGAGUUCCGAGGAAAGUUGGCCAUCGCCAUCACGGCCAACUUCAUCAACAAGAAGACGGAGGCGGAGGCCAAGGUGGAGGAAAUCAGCGGGGUGGCUUUCAUCUUUAACCAGGCCUUCUUCAAGGAGCUGUACAGCAGGACGGGCAUCGAUCUGGAGAACAUUGUCUACUACAAGGACGAGACGCACUACUUUGUGAUGACGGCCAAGAAGCACAGCCUGAUCGACAAGGGCGUGAUUAUCGAGGACAUGGCCGAUCCCGGUGAGCUCCUGGCCCAGGCCAACGUGGACACCCAGAAGCUGCACGACUAUGCCCGCGAGGCGGCCGAAUUCUCCACCCAAUACCAAAUGCCCAACCUGGAGUUCGCGGUUAACCACUACGGCAAGCCGGACGUGGCCAUGUUCGACUUCACCUCCAUGUUCGCCGCCGAGAUGUCCUGCCGCGUGAUCGUCCGCAAGGGUGCCCGGCUGCUGCAGUGCCUGGUAGGCGACAGCCUGCUGGAGCCCUUCUGGCCCACCGGAUCGGGCUGUGCCCGCGGUUUCCUCUCCAGCAUGGACGCGGCCUAUGCCAUCAAGCUGUGGUCCAACCCGCAGAACAGCACGCUCGGUGUGCUGGCGCAGCGGGAGAGCAUCUACCGGCUGCUCAACCAGACCACGCCGGACACCCUGCAGCGGGACAUCAGUGCCUACACCGUGGACCCCGCCACGCGCUACCCGAACCUGAAUCGGGAGUCGGUCAACAGUUGGCAGGUGAAGCACCUGGUAGACACGGACGAUCCGGCCAUUCUAGAGGAGACCUUUAUGGAAACGCAUGCCCUGCAGACGCCGCAUGUGGGCACACCGGGCAGGCGCAAGCGACGCAGUGGAGAUCUUCUGCCGCAGGGCACCUCUCUGCUUAGGUGGAUCAGUGCCCAGCUGAUGGCCUACCAGUUUGUGCCGGAGCUCAAGGAGCCUUCGGAUGUGUUCCGAAACGGACGCGUCCUGUGUGCACUCAUCAAUCGGUAUCGUCCCGAUCUCAUCGAUUUCGCUGCCACCAAGGACAUGAGUCCCGUGGAGUGCAACGAGCUGGCCUUUGCCGUCUUAGAGCGCGAACUGCACGUGGAUCGCGUUAUGAGUGCCAAGCAAUCAAUGCAGCUGACAGAUGUUGACUCACGCAGCUGGCUAAACUAUUUGGAUCAGAUCUGCGAAGUGUUCCGCGGCGAGAUCCCGCACGUUAAGCACCCCAAAAUGGACUUUAGCGAUCUGCGGCAGAAAUAUCGAAUCAACCACACGCACGCCCAGCCAGAUUUCUCGAAGCUGCUGGCCACGAAGCCCAAGGCCAAGUCGCCCAUGCAGGAUGCCGUUGACGUACCAACAACGGUGCAGCGGCGUUCAGUGCUGGAGGAGGAGCGUGCCAAGCGGCAGCGCCGCCACGAGCAGCUCCUAAACAGCGGUGGAGGAGGAGCCGCCACUGGGUUGGCCGCAAGCGGAGCGACGGCGGGCGCCAGCCAGCAACCGGGUCAAGGCGACACACCGCGUCGUUCGAAGAAACGCCGGCAGGUCGACAAAACCGCAAACAUAGAAGAGCGCCAGCAGCGCUUGCAGGAGAUCGAGGAGAAUCGGCAGGAGCGGAUGAGCAAGCGGCGCCAGCAGCGCUAUCACCAGACGCAGAAUUUCUACAAGAGCCUGCAGCUCCUGCAGGCGGGCAAACUGCUGCGGGAGGGCGGGGACGGCGAGGGUGUGGCUGAAGAUGGCACUCCCUUCGAAGACUAUUCGAUAUUCCUCUACCGCCAGCAGGCCCCAGUCUUCAAUGAUCGCGUGAAGGACUUGGAGCGGAAGCUUCUGUUUCCCGAUCGCGAACGCGGCGACAUACCCUCAGCCUUGCCGCGAACGGCGGACGAACAGUUCAGUGAUCGCAUCAAGAACAUGGAGCAGCGAAUGACGGGCCGCGGUGGCCUUGGCGGUGACAAGAAGCCCAAAGACCUAAUGCGGGCUAUCGGCAAGAUCGACUCCAGCGACUGGAAUGUGCGCGAGAUCGAAAAGAAGAUCGAACUGUCUAAGAAGACCGAGAUCCAUGGGCCAAAAGGGCGCGAGAAGGUGCCCAAGUGGAGCAAGGAGCAGUUUCAGGCGCGCCAGCACAAGAUGUCCAAGCCGCAGCGUCAGGACUCGCGCGAGGCGGAGAAAUUCAAGGACAUUGACCAGACCAUCCGCAACCUGGACAAGCAGCUGAAGGAGGGCCACAAUCUCGAUGUGGGCGAGCGAGGCCGCAACAAAGUGGCCUCCAUUGCCGGUCAGUUUGGCAAGAAGGACGAGGCUAACUCGGACGAGAAGAAUGCGGGCAGCAGCAAUGCCACCACAACCAAUACCACCACCAACAACAAUACAGUCAUCCCCAAAUCUAGUUCCAAGGUGGCCCUGGCCUUCAAGAAGCAGGCCGCCUCCGAGAAGUGCCGCUUCUGCAAGCAAACUGUCUACCUGAUGGAGAAGACCACCGUGGAGGGUCUGGUCCUGCAUCGUAAUUGCCUUAAGUGCCACCACUGCCACACCAAUUUGCGCCUGGGCGGCUAUGCCUUCGAUCGGGACGAUCCCCAGGGCCGGUUCUACUGCACCCAGCACUUCCGGCUGCCGCCCAAACCGCUGCCACAGCGCACCAACAAGGCCAGGAAAUCCGCUGCCGCUCAGGCUGCCACAUCCGCCGUCACACCCGCAGCUCCAGGAACUCCAAUUGCUGCCGCUGCCGCGCCUACUGAACCCAUGGACACCACACCGGCCAGGGAUCAGGUGGAUCUGCUGGAAACAUCACGGGCCAAUGCCUCUGCGGACGCCAUGUCCGACGACGAGGCCAAUGUCAUUGAUGAGCACGAGUGGUCGGAUCGCAACUUCCUGCCGGAGUCGAUCAACGACUCGCAAUCGGAGCUGUCCAGCUCCGACGAGUCGGACACGGAGUCGGACUCGGAGUUCGAGGAGGCGGAUGAUUCGCCCUUUGGCGCCCAGACCCUGCAACUGGCCUCGGAGUGGAUAGGCAAGCAAUACUGCGGAGACAGCGAUGUCUCCGAUGACUUUUACGACUCAAGCGAAGGUAUUGCGGAUGACGGCAAAGACGAUACGGAGGGUGAGGAGUUUAAGAAGGCCCGCGAAUUGCGGCGCGAGGAGGUUCGACUGCAGCCGCUGCCCGCCAAUCUUCCCACGGACACGGAGACCGAGAAGCUUAAGUUAAACAUCGUAGACAAUAAGGAGAAUGUGGCCGCCGAUAGGCGCUCCCUCGAGUCAGCCAACUCCUUCGAGUCCGCUCGCAGUCAGCCGGCCACGCCCCUGAACACGCCCACUCGCGUGGAGAUGGAGCAGCUGGAGCGGAAUGCUCCGCGCAAGUUCAGCAGCGAGAUCGAGGCCAUCAGUGAGAAGCUGUACCACAUGAACAACAUGGUGAAGAUGAACAAGGACCUGGAGGUGCUGGCCAAGGAGAAUCUGGUCAAGAGCGAUAUCCUGCGCAAGCUCACGCUCAAGGAGAAGUGGCUGGCCGAGAAUGCGGCUAUAGCGGCAGGCCAGAAGGUGCCAGUCCCAGCUCCUACAUCUUUGGCAGUUGCUUCUUCCCCUGCUCCAACUCAACCCAAGUCCAAGUUCGAUGAAAAGUACGAAAAGGUGGUAAGUCCACCAUUGAAUGUAGUCGAGCCCAAGCCCAAGCCUGUCAUAGAUUUCAACCUGGAUGAGCUGAAGCCUCGUAAGCCCAAUUUUGAGGAGCGGCCUAAGGAGCAGCUUCCCAGACCAGCGGGCUUGAAGAAGCCACCUCCAGCGAAUCCCAAGGCAGGAGGCAGCACUAAUGUGAGUCGGUCGAAUAGCCUGAAGAGCAACGCCAGCUCGGGAAGUCCGAAGGUGAAGAAAGCAGCUCCCAAUGCCAGUGACAAGAAGAUGCAGAUUGAAGGAAUCCUCAGCACGAUCAAGAAGAUUCAGCGGCAACACAGCAGCGAUCUGGAUGAGGAUAUGGAUAUGGAUGUUGAUGUAGAAGCGGAAGCGGAUAAUAAACAGCUCAGCACCAAACUGAAGGAAAUCCAAGCCAGCAGCUUUGCCGGCACCAUGGAUCACAUCAAGUCGCAGCUGACCAUGCCCACAGUGAGUGCCCAAGCAGCACCCACCGUGGAUCUGUCCAAAUACUUUCCCAACCAGAAGGUCGAGAAGAGUUCCACCGGCAACACGAACAAGAACCAAAAGACCCUCAAAGAUGUGGACCUGGCCAAGUACUUUCCCAGCAGCCCGGCUCCCCAGCGAAGGACUGUGGAGACGGUGGCCGAGCGACUGAAGAAGUCGCAGACUGAAGCCUCUCUGGCAAAAGCAAAAGGUCAGGAAGACAAGGCAAAGACGCCAACUGGUAAUGCCAAGAAUCCAGAGGAGGAAAAAGGAGUUCCAUCCCCGAAGGAAGCUGUAAAAGUAGGAGCUAGUGCCACCAAGCCAGUGCCACCUAAACGACAGGCCUCUCUGGAUACCUUUAGCCUGCGGGAGCAUCAGAUGGAUGGAGCGCUUGACUUGACGAAAAAGAAGACUCCCGCCAAGACAACAACGGUAAUCAAGAAACCCGCCAAGUCGGGAAGUGCCACAAGCCUGACGAAGGCAACCGCCACCUCAAAGGGGAAGACCAUCAAGAUUGUAAAGAAGAUUGUGCCCAAGGGAACAAAGGCCAAGAAAGCAGCAGCUGCUGCGGCCCAGGAAACAGCAGCAGCAGCAACUGCUGUCCCAGAGAAGGAGCCACCAAAAGAUGAAGCCGAACGGAUCUUGGAUGAAAUCCUAGGAGAUGGGGAAACGCGCUCCCCCAGUUCCGAGUAUCAGCGUUUAUUCGGUGAUGAAAAGUCACCCAGCGAUCUGUCCGACAACAUUGAUCGCAUUCUCGAGGAGACGGGCUUGGAUCUCGAACUGGGACUCCCCAAACGCAGUAGCAAGAAGCUGGUGAAGACCAAGUCCCUGGGCGAAGGCGAGUUCGAUUUGCAGCCCUCGAAGGAACGACUGACCGGGGUUCAGAAUAUCCUCAAGCGAUUCGAGUCGAUGAGCUCCGUGCACUCGCAGAAUUCACAGAACAGCGAUGAGCAGGCGGCGUUUAAGUUGCGCCGCAUGGAGUCCACCACCAGCAAUUUAAGCAGCCUCACCCGUUCCAGGGAGUCGCUGGUCUCUGCCAGCGAUUCGAUGAGUGAUUUGGAGAAGACUAUGGACUACCUGCGAAACGAAUGGCGCAACGAGGCCACCAACUUUCUGCAGAAGAAGCGUGACAAGUUUUACGCCAAGAAGGAGGAGCAGCAGAAGAAGGUGGAACAGCCUAGGCCGGAUCCUAUGAGGGAUCUGCCAGUGCAGUAUCGCGACUCCAAGCUGGCCAAGUUCUUUGGCCUGGGCUCACGUAAAUCUCCCGAGAAACGAAAGUCUCCCAUCAAGAAAAAGAAGUCACCCUCCAAAACCCAAAAGGUGGCCAAGACAAACAACUCGCUGGAGGAACUGGCCAAUAUCAGCAAUGCUCGACAGGCAAAGCAGGCCCAAAAGAAGGUGCCCAAAGUCGUUCAGCCUAAGCCCCUGAAGCCAGCCACUCCUGUUCCCGAUGACUUUGAGAUUCUUGAUCUGCUGGAAAAGGGCACAGAGGCCAAGCUGGAGCUGGAACGCUCCAAGACCAAGAGUCCGGCUGUCGAGCAGCCCGUUAAAGACAUGCCCAAAGAAGCUAUAGCAGAGGUUCCUCUACCCGUGGAAGAUAUUAAGAAUCUACCCAAGACUGGGUGUGACAAGUCCUUGAACAGCUCACGCCGUGGCUCUCAGUCCAGCUUGGUUAUGUCGCGCCGUCCCUCGGAGAUUUCUUUGAACGAGAAACUCAACCAGGAUGCGCUGAUUGCAUUGAGCAAUCUGGAAAAGGAACGGGAAGCUGAGCAAGUAGACGAACUGUUCCAGAACAUGGUGGAAGAAAUGGAGGAGGCGCAGGCGCAAGAACCGCAGCCCAGCGCCUUAGAAGAUGACAUCGAUGCGGAUUCUCUGUGCACAACCAUCAGCAAGAGUCCCAGUGCCCAGCCCGUCACGGUGGUCAAGCGCGGCAGCUCCGAGGAUCAGAGCAUUGAGAAGCUCUUCGGUCACUUUUCCGACGAGAUGUUGGUGAAUGUGGAAUUCGAUUCCAACGAUGAGUUAGUAGGCAUCACACCACGGGCUACCCUAGUUUCCAGGGACUCUGCGGAUCGGGAUUAUCUGGAUAAGCUGGAGUCCCUGGAACGCGACGAGGACACUUUCCAGCCCGUUGUUGGAGACAAAUUCCAGCAGGAGUAUGGCCAGGAUGAGGUGGACAGCCUGCACUUUCCAUCGCGCCCACAGCGAAGACCCAAAAGCAGCUCCUCAUCCAGUGAGCCGUCGUUGCCGGUGGUUCCGCAAAGGCUAAAAAAGAAGCUGGCAAAACUCGACCCGGAAGAUAUGGCUCCCUCGGUGCAGGAUCUCCUCCAGCAGGUUUACGCAAAGAAUUCAGAGUCUCCAGCUGUGGAAGUGAUUCCUGUUGAAGGCGCACGCACUCUGCGGUUCCCUAGUAUGUCGGUGGAGGAAUAUGUCGAUGAAGUCGAUAACCCAAGGGAUCACGUUGUCCUGGAGAAUGGUACACCGCCAAAAGAAGUCGCAGAACCAACUGAGACUCAAGAGAAAGAGAAUCCAGUGGAGGAAGCUCAUCAGGCAGUGAUGCAAACUUCCAACCAAUCGCCAGUUAGCCAGAAUAACUUCCUUAAGAGCGAGAACUCCUCCGAAAGCAGCCUGGUGGAGGUGCCUAAAAUAAUCACCCCGCCCAAGGUACGCAGCAAGGAGAACUCCGCGGAUUGGGACAUGGAGAAGCUGCCAGCUUCCCCCAUGCCGCGUCGAAGGCUGCUCCAAGGCCAGACACCUUCCCAGACCCAGAGUCUGGCCAGCAAGGAGAGCUCCCUGGAAUGGGACAUGGAGAAGCUGCCCAGCAGCCCCAUGCCACCGAGGAGGAACAAUCGUAUGCGGCCCGUCUCCCCCAGCAACAAUUCUGUGCAGCUCCUCAACAAUCUCCCCUCGGACGGUGACGAUGAGGCAGCCCAGCGGCGCCUCAUCGAAGACUUCGAGCGGGAGCGACGCCAGGCGCUGAUCAAGCGCGACGAGAACUUCGAGGCCACGGCAGCGGAGCAGCGCCGACGGGACUCUCUGCAGAGCAGCAGCAACUCGAGCAGCAAGCGCAGCCUGCCCCCGCCCACGCCGCCCUCAAAGAUGGGCUCCCGUCGCGGCACCACCCAGGACACGAAUCGCACUCAAGAGACGAGCACACGGCACGAGGGCACGCCGCCCAUGUUCAAAAAGCUGGACGUCGACGGCACUGCCACUCCCAUGGACUCCACCACCUGCUCCACGCGGCGCAGCUCGUUUGCAUUUAUAGAGUUACAGGACAACAAGCCGGUCAUUGUGCCCAUGCCCAAGAAGCUGAAGCUGCCGAAGCCGGAUCAGCCCAGGUUUGUUCCCGAGCCGGUGGCCGUUGAUGAGCCCGUGCCGGAGGUGUUCCAGGGUCGCUCUUGGCCCAAGGCCCAGCUGGAAGGUGUUGAGGGUGAUCUCGAGGAUCUAGAUGAGGAGGAGCAGGCGGAGAAGCUGAAGCAACAGCUUCCGGAGUAUGCCCGCUCCGAUGGCCCACCUUCAGCUGCCUUCAAGAACCGAAAGUGGCCAGACGGCAAGACCGUUUUCGACCAACGAGCUGAAUCCCUGGAAGAGGAGGAUGUCCUCAGCGGCCUCCUAGGCGCCAAGAGACGAGGUUCCCAAAGGUUCAGGGACAAGCCGCGCUCCCAGUCGCCGCAGCCCUUCAAGCCGCUGGCCAACAGCUCCCGGCAGAGCUCCAAGUCGUUCAGUGACCUCAAAAAGGGACCGUCCCUGCAGUCCCUGUCGGCGCAGUCCAGUCAGGAUACGGACACACUCUCCACCACCACCACAGUGGCCACAGCUCGUCCCUUGAGCUAUAGCGGCUUCGAAGACCCGAUGGAUGCCAGCACCCAAGCCCUGCUGGAUCGCAGCAAGCGGCUGCACAACCGCAAGCGGGACUUUGUCAACGAGCGGGUGGUGGAGCGGAAUCCCUACAUGAGGGAGGUCCUCCGCAGCACGGAUCGCCGGGACUACGAUGACGUGGACGAAGACUUGACGAGCUACCGCCCGCGCCACUACACCAGCUCCACGCUCAACCGUUUUCCCAGCACCUCGACAAGGACAAAGAGCAGCAGCGCCUACGACUACCUGAGUCCCAGCAGCGGUAGCGAUUACCUUUCCCGGAGGCCCUACAUCAGCAGCAGCAGCCACAUCCCGAGCACCAGCGCCGCCAGCAGCAGCUAUUAUCCGUCGAGUGCGCGCAGCUCCCACCUGAGCGAUCUGUUCCGGCGACGCAGUCCCGCCGGCGGAUCCGGUUACGGCAGCAAAGAGUCGUGCCCAGGGCUAGCCUCUGAUCGCGUUAGCCAAUUGAUUGAAAGUAAAUGCACCUGGGUACGAUCUACGAAGGUCCAGACCGAGUCCGAGACCAGUUCACCAGACGAGGUUGAACUCAACUCUGCCACUGAGAUAUCCACCGAUUCCGAGUUCGACAACGAUGAGAUCAUACGCCAGGCGCCCAAAAUCUUCAUCGAUGACACCCAUCUAAGAAAGCCCACAAAAGUACAGAUCAAGUCCACCAUGAUAGGACCUAAUGCUGCUGCCGCCGCCGCUGCUGGACUCCACCAAAAGCAGGUAGCGGCGCGGGAGAAGGGUGGCAGCUACUUGCCCAAGUACCAGCCCCAACCUCCUCUGCCGCAGUUCAAGCCACUGGUACAGGUGGAUCCAACCCUGCUGAUUAGCAGCCAGCGUGCUCCUCUACAGAAUCCACGUCCUGGCGACUACCUGCUCAACAAGACGGCCAGCACCGAGGGCAUUGCUUCCAAGAAGAGCCUGGAGCUGAAGAAGCGCUAUCUGCUGGGGGAGCCGGCCAAUGGCAACAAGAUCCAGAAGUCGGGCUCCACAUCGGUGCUGGACUCGCGUAUCCGCAGCUUCCAGUCGAACAUCUCGGAGUGCCAGAAGCUGCUCAAUCCCAGCAGCGAUAUCAGCGCCGGUAUGCGAACGUUCCUGGAUCGGACGAAGCUGGGCGAGGGCAGCAGUCAGUCCAACGAGUUGAUGCGUUCCGCCACCAGCAAUGUAAUCAACGACUUGCGCGUCGAGCUGCGGAUACAGAAAGCGCCCUCCAGCCACUCCACGGACAACGAGAAGGAGAACGUGUUCGUGAACUGCAAGAACGAGCUGAACAAGGGAAUGGAGUACACGGAUGCGGUGAAUGCCACGCUGCUGGACCAGCUGGCCCGAAAGAGUUCGCCCACCACGCAGGCGGCCAACAAGACGGUGAUUGAAGUGAUUGACCUGGUGACGCCCGAGAAGCCGGUGCCCAUUAUUGAUCUCACUGGGAAUGACACGCCCAAGAAGCAGCUGGAGGCGGAUGACAGCAACAAGAUCAGCGAACUGCAGAAGGAGGUAAAGGAGGAGCCCAAGCCAGAUGUCUCGCGGGAUGUGAAGGAGUGCAUUCCGGACAUACUGGGACACAUUAAGGAGACGCCGCAGCAGGGAGGUGGGGAAGAGCAGCAGAGUCUGCUGUGCCAGUCGGACGAAGAGAAGCGCGACUCGCCGGAGAAGGAGAUGGCUGAGCAGGAGCCGAGCUAUGAACCAGACAGCGUGCAGAUCCAGGUGCCCAACAUACCCUGGGACAAGAGCAAGCCGGAGGUCAUGUCCACAACUGGCAGCAGUGGCUCCAUCUGUUCCAGCUCCGACUCGUCAAGCAUCGAGGAUAUCCAGCACUAUAUCCUGGAGUCAACGACCAGUCCGGACACCCAGACAACGGCGGGCGGCAAGCACAAUGUGCCGCGUCUGGAGGUGCACGACACGAGCGGUGCCCUGAUGCAGGUGGACAGCCUGAUGAUUGUGAACGGAAAGUACAUUGGCGACCCCGAGGAUGUCAAGUUCCUGGAUAUGCCUGCCGAUGUCAUCGUUCCGUCAACUCCGGCGCUAAAGACUAGCGAGCUGGAGCCGGAGGAUGACCACGAAACGGAGGAGGUGGAGCCAGUGACGGCUACACCCGAGCCCGCCGAGUGCACUGUCAUCGAGGCGGAACGUCAGCCGCCUCCUCUGCCGGAUAUGGGACCACCGACCCUGAAGUUCGAUACCAAGAACGAGAACAAGAUCGAGAGUCUGAAGAACCUGCCGCUGAUCGUGGAGAGCAGCGAGAAUCACAGUCAGGCGGUGAAGCCUAUUACUUUGAAUUUGAGCAGCUUGGCCAGGACGCCGGAUACGCCGACCACGCCCACGGCGCAUGAUAGCGACAAAACGCCCACCGGGGAGGUCUUCUCCCGGGGUUCUGACUCUGAAACGGAGCCCACCGGCACGGGCACAGGUCAGGUGCUGACGGAAACGGAGUUAUCGGACUGGACAGCGGACGACUGCAUCUCGGAGAACUUUGUGGACAUGGAGUUCGUGCUAAACUCCAACAAGGGCACAAUGAAGCGUCGCAAGGAACGGCGGCGCACUGGAGGAAGCAAGCUGCCCAGUGGCAAUGAGGUCAUCCACGAGUUGGCCCGACAGGCGCCAGUGGUGGAAAUGGACGGGAUCCUCAGUGCCAUUGACAUUGAUGACAUUGAGUUCAUGGACACUGGUUCGGAGGGUUCCUGUGCGGAGGCCUAUUCCGCGACCAACACGGCUCUUCUCCAGAACAGGGGCUACAUGGAGUACAUAGAAGCUGAGCCGAAAAAGCCAACUCCUAGAGCAGCGCCACCCUCUAGCUACCUGCCGCCCCUGGUGACCAAGCGGGAUGAAAAGCUGGGCGUGGAUUACAUCGAGCAGGGAGCGUACAUCAUGCAGGACGAUGCCAAGACGCCGGUGAACGAAGUGGCCCCCGCCAUGACCCAAUCUCUGACAGAUUCCAGCACGCUGAACGAGCUGGAUGACGACAGCAUGGCAGGCCUGGGUCUGUCCCAGACACAGCCAACCACUACCGAGGAAAGCGAGGCGCUGACAGUGGUCACCAGUCCGUUGGAUACCUCCUCGCCGCGGGUCCUGGACCAAUUCGCCUCGAUGCUGGCAGCCGGCAAGGGAGAUUCCACGCCGAGCAGCUCGGAACAGCAACCAAAGACCUCCACGGUCAGCAGCAGCAGCGGGCCCAACUCCUCUACGCCGGGCAACGCCUCCAAGGAGACCGUUCCGCCAGAAGAGGAUCUGCAGAUCCAGUUCGAGUAUGUCCGAGCCCUGCAGCAGCGCAUCUCGCAGAUCAGCACCCAGCGGCGGAAGAGCUCCAAGGGGGAGCCACCGAAUCUAACUGUGAUAGAACCCGUCGAGGAUCAGCCAAAGGCAGCGGAGGCUGCGGAGCCCAUGCCCUCGAUGCGGCCGCGCAGCAGUAGCAGCUCCAGCAAGGUACCUGAGAUCCCAACGCUCAGCAGCAAGCUGGAGGAGAUCACCAAAGAGCGCACCAAGCAGAAGGAUCUCAUCCACGACCUGGUCAUGGACAAGCUGCAGUCGAAGAAGCAGUUGAAUGCCGAGAAGCGUCUACACAGGAGUCGUCAGCGCAGUCUGCUUACCAGUGGCUAUGCCAGCGGCGCCAGCCUGAGUCCCACGCCCAAGCUGGCGGCUGCCUCCAGUCCGCAGGACUCCAACUGCUCCAGCCAGGCGCACUAUCACGCCUCCACCGCGGAGGAGCGACCACCGAAGCCAGUGGAUGAGAGGCCGCUGCAAAAGUCCGCCACGUCUACGUACGUGUCCCCCUAUCGCACUGUCCAGGGGGCCAUUCGGAGUGCGGAUCGCUACAAGCCGCGUCCCUUUAGCGAGCACAUCGAUGCCAACGCAUUGGAGGGCUACAAGCUGGGCAAGACGGCCUCCUUUAAUGGCGGCAAGCUUGGUGAAUUUGCCACGCCCAAUGCCCCAGCGCGAGGAGUUCGAACUGGAGGUGCAGGAGCAGCAACAGCGGAUAUUUCAAAUAUAUCCGCCUCGACGGAGAACUUAAGGAGCGAGGCCAGGGCCAGGGCUCGCCUCAAGUCCAACACAGAGCUGGGACUCAGUCCCGAGGAGAAGAUGCAGCUAUUGCGCUCGCGCCUCCACUACGACCAGGCCAGAUCCCUGAAGCCAAAGCAAAUGGAGGAGCUACCUUCUGGCGAUCUGGCGGCCCGUGCCCGCAAAAUGAGUGCCUCGAAGAGUGUCAACGAUCUGGCUUACAUGGUGGUGGGUCUGCAGAACCAGCAGCAGCAGCAGCAACUAGAACAGGAUGUGGUGCUUCAUGCCAAGGCGGCGGAUUUCACAUCCGAUCCCAAUAUAGCGGCUGGCGGCGAGAAGGCCACCAAAACCAAGUCCGGGCGGAGGCCCAAGGAUCCAGAGCGGCGGAAGAGUCUCAUUCAGUCGUUGUCCAGCUUCUUCCAGAAGGGUUCAUCAUCGGCCAGUGCCAAGGAGCAGGGAUCAGUCGGAGCUGGCGGCCACUCUGAGCAGUUAGAGCGACCUGGAACCAGCAGCAGCAGCAGUGCCGGCACGCCCACAAUCUCGGAUGCGGUAGCCGCUGGAGGAGGAGGAGGAGGCGGCGGCGUCUUCAGUCGAUUCCGCAUCUCGCCCAAGUCCAAGGAGAAGUCCAAGUCUUGCUUUGAUCUGAGGAGUUUCGGUUUUGGUGACAAGGAUAACAUGCUAGUCUGCCAAGCCACGGCGGCGACGGCGGGAGAUUAUCUGAACAACAGUAACAACAGUCGCUAUCGAAAGCAAACGAACAACACUGCGAACAAACCGAAACCCGAAUCGUUCUCAUCGUCCAGUCCGCAGCUCUACAUACACAAGCCCCACCAACACCACCACCACCACCACCUGGCCACAGCGAUUCCAAGGGCCUUGGACGACCAGACACCGCCGCCCAUACCGCCUCUGCCACUGAAUUAUCAGAGAUCCGAUGAUGAGAGUUACGCUAACGAGACACGAGAGCAUAAGAAGCAACGUGCCAUAUCGAAGGCUUCGCGACAAGCUGAGCUCAAGCGACUGCGAAUCGCUCAAGAAAUACAGCGCGAACAGGAGGAGAUUGAGGUGCAGCUGAAGGAACUGGAGGGACGCGGCGUUCACAUUGAGAAGGCCCUGCGGGGCGAGGGGCAGAACCUGGAAAACCUGGACUCGAGCAAGGAUAACGAUGAGAAGCUACUAAAGGAACUAUUGGAGAUUUGGCGCAACAUCACAGCACUCAAGAAACGCGAUGAGGAACUGACUAUAAGACAACAGGAACUGCAAUUGGAGUAUCGGCAUGCCCAGCUCAAGGAAGAGCUCAAUUUGCGCUUGUCCUGCAACAAACUGGACAAGAGUUCCGCCGAUGUGGCCGCCGAGGGUGCAAUACUUAAUGAAAUGCUAGAGAUUGUGGCCAAGCGAGCGGCCCUGCGACCAACCGCCUCCCAACUAGACCUCACAGGGGCGGGCAUUUCCAGCGAGGCAGCGACGGGCAUUAAGCUGGUUGGCCAACCGCUUGACCACGAUGAGUCCAAUAUUUGAAUAGCAAUCUGGGGUCGUCUGCUGGUCCAUGAAGUUGUGCGAGGACUGCUAAGCCUAAAUACUUAAGAACGUACCAAAAACAGCAAGCUGAAUUAUGAAAACAACAAUACUGAAACUAGAACCCAUGAGCUGUAACCGAAACGAGCAAAUAACUAUUCAGAGUGAUUAAGCGAUGAGACGAGGAGAACAACUCGAACAAUAUAUAUUUAAGUAGUGAUCAGGUGAUCAUCAAGGUUAAUAGUGUAAAGGCAGAGAGAGGAAAUCAAAACCAAAAACUAAUUUUGCAAUUCGAAAGUAAUGCCCUUAGUUCUGUAUUCUCAAGCUAAUUGUAUGUUUAGUUAGUUAGACGUUGCCACUGAAUUCUGUCUGAACUGUGUAUGUUGUGUUUUUCUGUUUUCUAUUUUCUAUUUUUUUUAUAAAUGUAAUGCGUUGAUUUUUGAUUGUGUAAAGUGAAAGAUGUUUGUGUGGUCUCCAGUUUUAGGUACACAAUUGUUUAUCGAUUUCUUUGUAUACCGCUUGAAUGUAUUAUUAUUUAUUUGAUGAAUGCAAUGUAAUGUAAUAUGUCAUUUGCUGCCCAAACCAAAAUCAAAGUGAACACAAAGAGAUGCACACAAAUACAUACAUACAUAUUUUCUAUAUGCCAGAGAGCGUACAUAGCGAUGUAGAGGAGCAAACACUUGCUCUGGGUACUAAUGAGAACGAUUUAAAUUAUUGCGUAAUUUAAUUUAUAACCUCUGCAUAUAUAAACAUAUUUAUCGAAUUUAUUAUGUAACUUUUCGAUUUAUUUUAAAUUGAAUAAAGAUUUUA